AUGUGGAAGUGGAUGAAUGCAUUUAUUACAAAAAUGAACGAGGAUAAUAGUAGUGGACUUGCUCAGGAGCUAUGCCAAACAAUGAAAGAACAAGGACAAACAGGUAAAGAGGACGAGGAAAAAGUAUGUGAGUUCAUUUUGAAAAAUUUGCUAAAAGUAGAAGGAAUUGGUGCAGGUCAAUGUGAAAAAGGAAAAAAUGUGGACGAAGAAAUGAAAAGAUAUGUUGAAUGCGCAGUGAUGAAAAUAUGGUCAACGCUGUACCUACGUGAUCACUGUGAUAAGGGGAAUGUUGUGUGGAAUGCUUUUGGUGAAAUGAAAAGAUUAAAUGAGAAUUUUGAUGCAGAAGGGAAGUGUAAAAAAUGCGAUUAUAGUGAAGUAUUGGAACAAAUGAUGGUAAUAAAGGAAAUACCAAUGUUAGCAAUUAUUCUUCAUAUGAUACAGAAGAAUACAGAAGUUAUGAAAUUAAUAAAUAGUGGAAAAUCAAAACAAGCAUGUAAAGAACAAGGAGUUAAUGGGUGGGUAGUGGAUUUCUUGAACAAUAAUGGUACAAUGAUUACGGAGACUUCAGGGUCAACAGGAAAGGAAGCGGUGGAUGAUGGUGCACGUAGUGCAGAUAGUGGCAAAAGUAGUGGAACUGGCAAAGAUUCUCAAGGUGGGGCGAGAGACAUUAUACUAACACUCGGUGGGGGAAAAGGACUAAGAAUAUCGUAUGCUCCAAGUAAAGGGCCCAGUGAAGAUGCUGUAGUUCUGCACUUCAAUGGAGUGGGACCUCCUGCAACAGUCCAACAUGUCCCAGCCAGUUCAUCAUCACCCUCAAAAAAUGACUGCAAGCAGAAUGAAUUAUGUCCGCGUGUAAAAUGUGUAACAGAGAAAUGGUUCCCACACAGGCACCGAAAUCCAAAUGACCAGAAUGACUGGGAUACAUUGUGGAAUAAUGACGUCAAAGAGAAAUUAUUGAAGGACCUGUCUGAAGCUAUGAUCAAGAACGGUGCAACUGAUAAUGACGUGUGUAUUAGCAUGCAGGGGGCAAACAAGCAAGCAUGUAAUUAUAUUAUUAAAGGGUUAAAACAUAUAUAUGGAAUUGAAAAGGGGAAGGACAGCAGCAAACCACAGAAGGUUCUGGACGACCAAAUAUUCCAUCGAACUAUGUCAUGCCUCCUCCUAAACGCUUAUGCAGAUAAAUUGAAAGAAGAAGCGCAAAAAAAAAUACCUAAAUGUGAUGUAAAGGAUGGCAUAGAUCACGCUUUCAGGGAGAGCGCAGAAAUUAAAAAAACAGCAUGUAUCGAUGGUACAUGUCAUUUAUGCCAGCAGGAAGACUUUAAGAACUGUACAAUAGGCAAUAAUGAAAACGUAUGGAAUAAAGUAAAUGAAAUGCUCAAAGAGAAGAGUGACAAAAUACAAGAAACACUAGCUAACAUAUGUCCAAAACCAUCUCCACCCUCCAAACCCAACACUUCCACAUCAAUAAGUACCAAGGAUUGUAAGGACGGUAAUAAAAAUUGCUUAGAUGAGAAGGUCGGCCAAAUGUUCCAACGUCGAUGGAAUGCAAAUAACGACCAAGUGUAUGGUCUAUUUCAAGAAUUCAACAGGGAACUAAGUGAAGACGAUGAGAAGGGUGGUUUUACCUCCGUUUGCGACGACAUUGUAGGAGGUCAGGGCGUAAACAUGAAUAACUUACCUAGGUGCUUCUGUAAAAUUCUUAUAAGGAAUUUAGUUAAAGUAACAAAUAACGACAGCACGUAUACAAUCAAUGGUAAGGAGAAAAAAGUGAGUGACAUGAAGCCGGGUGCGGCAUGUGAUUUAUUAAACUUAUGGUUAUUCUUAUAUGGGUCAAUAUAUAAUGUAAGCGAAGAAGAUGUUAAAUAUGCAUUCAAGGCAAUAACUAAUUUAAACGAGGAAUUUGAUCGAAAUAAAUAUGAGAAUUGUGUAUAUACUGGAAAAUUUUCAGUGAACCAAACAGAGGAAGGUGUUGGUUUUAAGGAUAUCACUACGUGGUUUAUGAAUCAUGACAUUAAAAACAAAAUGUGGAAAAUAAAUAAAGGAACUGCGUGCGAAGGAAAAGACGGAAAGGGCAGUCGACAUAGUGCAAUCGAAGGGAAGGUUAUAAAAGAAAUAAGUAACGACUUGAAAACCAAAGCAGAGGCGGUUGCUAAACAAAUAAAGGAAGGGAUUCCCAUAGUUAAAGAAAUCGAGAGGAAAAUAAAGGAAGAAUGCGCAAAAUCAGGAAUUGGGGAAGAUGAAAAAGAGGAGUGGGAAGAAGCAGUAAUACAAUUUAACAAUAUUCCAAAUAAUACGGAUGAUAAGGAUGAGUUUGAAAAGAUAAAAAAUUUAUCAGCUUGGUGUGAUAUGGAGAUUAGUGAAAAUGGAGUAAGUAUGGAAAAAUAUAAAGACUUCUGUAAGACGCUUGUAAAGAACAUUUUAUUUGUAAGAAAAAAUAAAUAUGACUGCGAAGCAAAGAGGGGCCAAAUAGGAAGUAAACCAUGUGUAAAAAUGUGUGAUUUAUUAAAUAUAUGGUUACUAGGACUAAGGGAUAGUUGUAUACCGAUGGAAGCUGUUAAACUUAUUUUCCAAGUAGUGGAAGCAUGGGAAGAGGAAUUUGAUUCGGAAAAGAAAGGAACAAUGUGUGUAUAUAAUAGAAUUAGUAAUUUAUAUAGAUGUGGGGAAGAAAUGUUAAGCAAAAUUCAGACGUGGAUGCAGGGAGGCCAACAUAGAAAACAUUUCGGUCACAGCCCUAUUGAUCGUUGGUGUAAAGGAGGAGUAACGAGUAUUAAUUGGAAGCAAGUGAAAAUAAAGAAUAAGAAGGUUAAAGAAGAAUUAAGUAAUGAAGGGAAACAAUAUUUUGAGAAAGUGGAAGAAAUAAAAACAACGAAUAGUGCUGUGUUGGAUCAAAUAAAGGAGAUAAUGGAAACAUCCUCACCACCAACUCCCCCAUCAGAACCAGCAAGGUCAGCAUCAUCAUCAACACCAAAAACAGUAAGUAGAAUGGAUGAGGUUCCCCCAGAUAGGUCAACUGUACCAAGUGAAGGUGUAAGUGGUCCUAAAGGAGACAAAGGUGAUCCAGGUGUCGUACCUGCUGCCUCCGGUGUCCCAGGUGCCCCUUCUGGUAGAGGUGGUGCUGGUCAAGGUGCAACCUAA